UGCCCUUCCGUGAGCUGGUCUCUGGUCUCCGCGUCCGUCCUCUGCGGCCCCCUCUGGGCCUCCCGCUGUCCGGAAGCUCCGCCAGGCUCCUUGCCAAGAUGAAGUGUGUCUUGGUGGCCACUGAGGGCGCAGAGGUCCUCUUCUACUGGACAGACGAGGAGUUUGAAGAGAGUCUCCGGCUGAAGUUUGGGCAGUCAGAGCAUGAGGAGCCCCCGGCCCUGGAGGACCGGCUCAGCACCCUGCUGGCGCCGCUUGUCAUCUCCUCCUCGACGAUGCUGGAGAAGCUCUCGGACACGUACACCUGCUUCUCCACGGAAGACGGCCGCUCCCUGUACGUCCUGCACCUGUUUGGAGAGUGCCUGUUUGUCGCCAUCAACGGGGACCACACCGAGAGCGAGGCGGACCUGCGGCGGAAGCUGUAUGUGCUCAAGUACCUGUUCGAGGUGCACUUCGGCCUGGUCACCGUGGAUGGCCAGCUCAUCCGGAAAGAGCUGCGGCCCCCAGACCUGGAGCAGCGUGUGUGCGUGUGGGAGCGCUUCCAGAGCCUUCUGUGGACCUACGGCCGCCUGCGGGAGCAGGAACAGUGCUUUGCCGUGGAGGCCCUGGAGCGGCUGAUUCACCCGCAGCUCUGUGAGCUGUGCAUCGAGGCGCUGGAGCGGCACGUCGUCCAGGCGGUCAACACCAGCCCCGAGCGCGGCGGCGAGGAGGCCCUGCACGCCUUCCUGCUCGUGCACUCCAAGCUGCUGGCCUUCUACUCCAGCCACAGCGCGGGCUCCCUGCGCCCCGCCGACCUGCUGGCCCUCAUCCUCCUGGUUCAGGACCUCUACCCCAGUGAGAGCACCGCGGAGGAGGACGCCACCCAGCCUUCCCUGCGGAAGCCCCGGAAAAGAAGCCAGAACAUUCCCGUGCAGCAGGCCUGGGGCCCCCCCGCCACGGGCCCGGCCAGGGGCAGCUCUGCGGAGACGGCGUCGGACAGCACCUCCCUCCCAGAGGAGUACUUCACCCCAGCUCCCUCCCCGGGCGAGCAGAGCUCAGGCAGCACCGUCUGGCUGGAGGGGGGCACGCCACCCACCGAAGCCCUGCAGAUGGCUGAGGACACCCUCCAGGCGCUGGGUCCCCACUGCCCAGCGCCGUCCAGCCCCAGAAGGAUCUUCCUGGAUGCCAGCGUGAAGGACAGCUACUGCCCCCUGGUGCCGCACACCAUGUACUGCCUGCCGCUGUGGCCGGGCAUCAACUUGGUGCUUCUGACCAGGAGCCCUGGCUCGCCCCUGGCCCUGGUGCUGUCUCAGCUGCUGGACGGGUUCUCCCUGCUGGAGAAGAAGCUGAAGGAGGGGCCGGAGGCCGGGGGAGCCCUGCGGGCCCAGCCCCUCGCGGGCGACCUGCGCCAGCGGAUGGACAAGUUCGUCAGGGGCCGAGGCGGGCAGGAGAUUCAGAGUGCCUGGCUGGAGUUUAAGACCAAGGCCUUCUCCAGAAGCGAGCCCAGAUCCUCCUGGGAGCUGCUGCAGGCGUGCGCGAAGUUGAAGCGCCAGCUCUGCGCCAUCUACCGCCAGAGCUUCCUGGCCACGGCCCCCGAGCGGGGGGGCCCGCACCUGCCCCGGCAGCUGCAGGACCAAGUUCAGACGCUCAUGCAGGAGAAGCUGAUGGACUGGAAGGACUUCCUGCUGGUGAAGAGCAGGAGGAACGUCACCAUGGUGUCCUACCUGGAAGACUUCCCGGGCCUGGUGCACUUCAUCUAUGUGGACCGCACGACCGGGCAGAUGGUGGCGCCGUCCCUCAGCAGCAGCGAGAAGACCACCUCAGAGCUGGGCAGGGGGCCCCUGGCCGCCUUCAUCAAAGCCAAGGUCUGGUCUCUGAUCCAGCAGGCCCGUCGAUAUCUGCAGAAGGGCUACACCACGCUGCUGUUCCAGGAGGGCGACUUCCGCUGCUCCUACUUCCUGUGGUUUGAGAACGACACGGGGUACAAGCUCCAGAUGGUCGAGGUGCCCAUCCUUUCAGACGACUCGGUGCCCAUCGGCAUGCUGGGAGGAGACUACUACAGGAAGCUCCUGCGCUACUCCAGCAAGGGCCACCCAGCUGAGGCCGUCCGCUGCUUCGAGCUGCUGGCCGUGCACCUGUCGGUCACGCCCACGGACCUGCUGCUGCAGCAGGCCGGCCAGCUAGCCCGGCGUCUCUGGGAGGCCUCCCGCCUCCCCCUGCUCUAGGGGCCACGUCACCCAGCGCCCCUCUCCAGCCCUGGCUGCCAGUCUUGCCCACGCAAGAGCCCCGUCCCACGCAGCGGUGCCCCGGGUGUCCUAGCCUCCCCCGGCUCCCCUCCACCUGGGGCACGAGCAAGCCCGAAUCCGCCCCCGAGGAAGAGGGAGGCCAAGGGGUCCUGCUUGUCUCCUGAGAACAGCAAGGAGGGGUGCUGGGGCUUCCUCUGCCAGAGCCGCCCUUUAUUCCAGAGACAGGGCAGCCCCGCGGGACUGUCCGAGGGCCCCCUCUCCGCUGCCCCCCGGUGCUGCCCCCCACAUCAAGGCCUCCUGUGCCUGGGAUGGAGCUCCAGCCCUGCCUGUCCAAUGCCACUCCCUCUCUGGCCCUGGGCACGUUCUCAUCCUCAGCCUAUUCCCCAGUUUGAAGUGACAGCCACCCCCCCUCGGGGCAUGGUAGGCGAUCAAUAAAUGUCCUUGUUAUCACUCA